UGUAUGCCCCUUCCACAGUAAAACGUAGUUUUGUUGAUUAUUUAUAAAGCUGAAGAAUAUACUGUAUGACCAUGAAAAUAUUCGCCAGACGAGAAGUCGCACGCGCUAUAAUAUGAUGGAAGUUAAAAUUAGUUGCGAAUUGGAAGCAUAUAAACGCCAAAUUAUACUUAUUGUAGUUCUGUAGUUCAAUUCUAAUGAAUAAUUAAUAAUAUUUUGCAAUAGUUAAUUACCUGUGUACCGUUUAGUGCUUGUUGAAAACAAACAUUAUGGCAAUUACUAGUCAUGGUUAUUUGAACUUAAUGUUUGGACUCAGUGUGGUAGCUGCUCAAUCCAUAUCUCAUUGCACUACGCCAUCAAAUCGAGUUGGCAAUUGUAUUAACAUUCUAAAAUGCGCUUCUCUCCGAAGUCAACUGGUGAAUCACAGGGCGAACUCUUCUGUUAUGUCUUACCUUCGAAACUCUCAGUGCGGUUACGAAGGAAAGUUUCCUAAAGUCUGUUGUCCAUCUUCGAGUGAUUGCACUGAUGGAUCUUCUGACAGUGGACUUUCUAUUAAAACCAGAAACCCAAAUAACGAUUAUUACCAAACGAUAUCGACAUCAAAAAUUCCAAAUGAAAAUUCUUGUGGAAGAACGAUUGUUAUACGAGAUCGGAUAGCUGGCGGAGAGAUUCCAAAAUUAGGCGAAUGGUCGUGGGCAGUGACAUUAGGGUACCGAAAUAAAUACAAACCGUACGAUCCUCUUCAGUGGUCUUGCGGUGGUAGCUUAAUAUCUGAUAGAUAUGUAUUGACAUCGGCUUACUGUACUAUCGAAACAGGACAGACAAAACUGUCUGUAGCACGUUUGGGAGAUUUGAGUUUAGAUCCUGACGUCGACGACGGUGCAUCGCCUCAAGAUAUUCCAAUUGAAAAGAUAAUAGCACACGAGUCGUACGACAGAAGAAAACGUGUUAACGACAUUGCUCUGUUGAAACUAGAGUCUGCUGCUGUAUUCAACAAACACGUCCAACCCAUUUGUUUACCGACUUCUCAAAAAUUGCGAUCUAAGCUAUUCGUUAAAUACACACCGACUGUUGUAGGAUGGGGUACCACAAGAAUAAAUGGACCUUUAAGUAACAUUUUGAUGGAAGUUGGACUUCCAGUUGUGGAUAACAUGGACUGCAAUCGUUCAUACUCAAAGUUUCCCGUUACAAUUGAUAACAGAGUGUUAUGUGCAGGAUCUCUGAAGGGCGGGAAAGGUUCUUGUCAGGGAGAUUCUGGAAAUACACUAAUGAUUCCACAAAGUGGACAGUGGUAUUCAAUUGGCAUCGUGUCGUUUGGAUAUAAAUGCGGCGAAUCGGGUUAUCCCGGUGUGUAUACGAGAGUCACAUAUUUUGUUGACUGGAUUUUAGGAAAACUACAAGAUGACUAACUUUUAUAAUGUCUGUUUAUCAUAAUUUACAAUUUUUUUUUUUAAAACGUGUUUCAUAAAUAUAUUAUUACCUAUUACAUAUUUUAUCAUUGGUAUUAAAAAAACAGUCCUUAGCUCAUCAAUUGUUUUAAUUUAAAUAUUUGUAAAAUUAAAAAUAGAUAAGCGUUUUAAAUAAUACUAAUAUUCUAAAUUGCCUACUUUGUAAACAGUGUAUUAUUAU